AAAAAACUGGUCUCCGAAAAAAACACGUAGGUACACAGUCGUCAAAGACGCGGGCGCAAAUGGAUGGUCAAUGGUGUGCAUUCCGCUUCUCUACCCCCACCGCCGCACCCCGCAGUAUAUUACUACGAGCGCUGGAGUCCGUGUCAUGCCGUUGCCUACCGCAGUAUGCCGCGGCAUCCCGCCACGGGAGCCUGUGACGAGCGCCGGAGUCCGUGUCAUGCCGUUGCCUACCGCAGUAUGCCGCGGCAUCCCGCCACGGGAGCCUGUGGCGUGUCUUUUCGAUUAAAUCCCUUUCAAUGCCACGGCAUCAUUUUAAAGCAUAGCAAUUUAUGUCGUAUUUCUGUAACAGUACGGUUGAAUGUCCAUUAGUAAAAAUUAAAAUCCCUUGCCAUUCCGUCCCGGUCUGCGUAGGCCUUUAGAGCUAGUUCAGACACGACGGGAACCGCGCGAUUUCAGAAUCGCAUGAAAAUCGCGCGGGUCUUAUUUGUAUGAGUUAUUAAGUAAUCGUUCAGACAUAACCGCGCUGUUCCCGCACCGUUACCGCGCGGUUUCCGCGCUGUUCCCGCAUGUCUAAACUAGCCCUUAGAGCUAGUUCAGACAUGGCGGAAUCCGUGCGGAUGCAAAUCGCGCGGUUCUAAACGCAAGUGUUCAGACAGACGCGGAUGUAAAUGCGGAGUGCCGUAAUCCGCAUAGAGUGACAGCGUUCUAGUCCAAUCAUGGAAGUCGAAGAAGCAAUAUGUGUGUACUUGUUGCUCCGUAAAAAAGAAAGAAAGAAGAAACGGCAGUAUUGGGUGCAUCCAAUAUUACGUGAUCGGCUCACCCAUGGUCAGUUUCAGACUUUAUAUCCAAAAUUAAGAAGUUUUGAACCAAAAUUCUUUAAUUAUUUGAGAAUGUCGAUAAAUUCAUUUGAUGAAUUAUUAGAAAUGAUCAGUGAACAAAUUGCAUCUAAUGAUACCCAUAUAAGGUCAAGCGUGGCCCCAGAAGAAAAACUCGUGAUUACAUUAAGAUAUCUGGGUACUGGUUGUUCCUUUGGAGAACUGCAUUACAACUUUCGUCUUGGCAAAUCUACAAUUACAGGAAUUGUCCGUGAAGUAUGUGAAGCUCUGUGGGAAAAAGUCGCAAAAAAUGUCAUGCCUGAACCCAGCGAAGAUAUAUGGAAGAAAAUAGCUACAGAUUUUGAAAAAUAUGCAAAUUUCCCCAAUUGCAUUGGCGCCAUAGAUGGCAAGCAUAUAAGGAUUACAAAACCCAAUGAUUCUGGAUCUUUGUAUUAUAAUUACAAAACUUUUUUUUCCAUAGUGCUGUUGGCACUUUGUGAUAGUAACUAUUGUUUUUCUUUCAUAGAUAUUGGAUCAUAUGGAAAAAGUAGUGAUUCUGCAAUUUUUAAAAAUUCGUUAUUUUAUAAAAGAUUAAUAGAAAAGUCAUUACACAUACCAAAACCUAAACCAAUAUCUAACACAGAUCCUACGCCAUUGCCAUACGUCAUAGUUGGCGAUGAAGCGUUUGGUUUAUCCGAAACUGUAAUGCGACCCUAUGCAGGUAGAGGGCUAUCAUACGAAAAAAAUAUAUUUAAUUACAGGUUAUCAAGAGCUCGACGUUAUAUUGAAUGCACUUUUGGAAUUCUGGCAAACAAGUGGCGCAUUUUUCAUAGGCCUAUAAACGUUAAUAUAGACUUUGCCGAAGACAUAAUAAAGGCCUGUUGUGUGCUACACAAUUUUGUUAGAACUAGAGAUGGUAUACAGUUUGAAGAUACUUUAUAUACUGGGCCAAUGAGUAAUCUUAAUACAUUACAUGCAGGAAGGGGUACACCGUCAUCAUUAAAUAUUAGAGACAAAUAUGCUAAUUACUUUGUAAAUGAGGGUCGUGUAGAAUGGCAAGACACAAAAAUAUAAAAACUUGAGAGGUGUCAAGGGACACCCGGAUAGAACGAAGUUGACCUCACUGGAGGCGAGUACUAGAGGCGAGUAGCGAGGCGCGGUGUUUGCGUGCGUGAGAAUCGUGAGAUUUUUUUCCGUCUAGCCCCCUUUCACAACGCGCGAUAAGGAACUUCGUUCCAAAAUUAAAAUUUGUUACAGUUCGCGCCAAAUAACUAAACUCAAGAUGGCGUCGCGUCGGUUGCACAUAGUCACUAGCUACUCCGUUACUAUGCUAACGUGAUAUUUUUCCCGCGCCCGAUACUUACCUCCAAUCACAAUAACAACAUUUUUAUAUAGUUUAGUUAUUUGGGGUGGACUGUCAAUUACAAAAUAUGUAAACUACCCUGAUAAAUGUAAAAUUAAAUACAUACUGACCAAAA